GGGAAAUCUAGGACUUUUCCUCUCUCUUGCUCUUUUGCUUAUUUCUAGUCUUGUCGCCCAUGAUUCUCUAUGAUUCUUCGUUAUUUUAAUUGUUGCUUUGGAUUGACGAUUGAUACCUUUCGAGGACGUGGGGGGAAAGCCAGUUAGCGAGUUACCCAUUUGUCGAGACAACCACCUGCACUCGGGGACUUGCAAACUGCCAAUAAUAUGGGUGUAGAUAUAUUCUAUACUCCCAUAGCCCUAUUACCAGAGAAUGCGGUGUAGUCACAUUUAAUGGAAGCCGUAUUAUAAAUCUGGGUUGAUUAAUAAUCUAGUUGAGCGAAGUAUCCACCACUACGCCGUCAGCACACAGCGUGAUCCUCUCGGCUUCACCAUUCUAGGCACUAGAAUUGCCAUUUUCGAAAGCUGAAGUCAUUUGGUUAACUCCUAUUGGAUGGCGGUCAUCAUUUCCGUGCCAUCCGAUUGGGAUAUUUCCUAUGAAGAGUCAUAACUGACACUGCAUAGGUACCUAGUAUAUGUGGUUUAGCUAUAAUUCCAGCGAUUGUCAUUCAAACUCAAGCAGAGCUGGUAUAAUAUAAUAAUGGGACAUACUCCAUCUAUGCUUUACCCUAACUCAUAAUAAUUCAUCUCUUGCGAAAUCGGCUAUCAAAAGACCCCUUAGCAAAAUACAGUCAUGGCACCAACUCUCGAAUAUGUAUUCACCAUGCGAGAAUAUCUCCACCCCGACAUGGCAGACGUUGGCCCCAAACUAUCCGGACCAACUCGACUAAUGGCCAACGUGACCGAAGGCUUCCUCAAAUUCACCGAUCCUGAGAUAGAAGCCCAAAUCAUCCCGCCCGGCGGUGAUUGGCCCCUUAUAGACUACGUCGCCAAUGUCCUCCACGUCAACGCAAGAGCUCGGGCCAAGACAGACCAAGGGGAAAUGUACAUUCACUAUACCGGAGCUCUGGUUAUGGAUGAAGGCACGAAAAAGCUGCUGGCUAAGUCACCUGAUGCCAAGGCCACGAAUUUCGGAGAUACGACUUGGUUCACAAACAUUGAUGUGGAGACGACGGAUCAGAGGUUGAAGUGGAUGGAGACUAAUAUGCUGGUCGGUCAAGGGCGCUGGCAUAUCGAUGAGAAAGGACUGGCAGCUGAGUACUUGGUGUACAAGGUAAAGAACUAGGGGGGGGGGGGUUGAGGGGCGUUCUGGGCUGAUUCUUGGGUUCUUGGAAAUCUGGUUGGGUUGGUUGUCUCAGUUUGUCAAUGACUCAAUGAGGUGGUGUUAGCCUGGAGGUUGGAAAGAAGGUGUCAAGGCUUCAUUCAACAUCAUCCUUACCCAAAAUUAAAGGGACUUGACAGGCUUGAAAAAUUAGAUAAUAAGACAAAGAAAGUGUUUCAUGGGAUUUGAGUGGUGAUUUGUUAUCUGGAAGUAUAGUUUGUACCAUUAGUACCUAGUAGGCACCUAAGCCAAAGCCCCUCUGAACUUCUAAA